AGGACUGGUUGACUUGCAUGGGACCAAUCUGAUGCUUGUGAUUUACACAAAUACUGACAUAUUGCAUGAUCCCUAACUUACUGUGCUAUUUCAAACAUGUACAGUGGAUAAUGUAUAUAUUUCAAAUACUUUACCUUUGUGCCUCGAAAGUGUUGAAACACAUUUCAUCAUACAUGCUUAAGAGGCCCUUUUUCAACUUAUUCCCUUCCAUGCGGUGUGGCGACACCUGCAGCAACUUCCUUGAUUCGUGAAACAAGGAUUUAACAAAAGAUAAAUUUGCACCACCUUUGUUUUUCACUAAUGUACACAUUAGCAAACUUUGCACGAAGAUUAUGCUAGUUUUGGAUUUAAUUAUUGAAAGUAUAGCUAUGGCACAGAGGAAAGGAAAAUGUAUUUAGUUGUGUGUGUGCACUAUUUGCUUCUUAAUUAUCACUUGUAUGAGUUGCAUACUGACUUCCAAACCAAACCAUUGUACACACACAUUUUAGACUUGUAUUUAGGAUUAUCGUAGAGGAAUUUCCACCAUCAGCAGGGGGGUCGAAAUAGCCUUUUGUGGUCCCGUUCUGAACCUAUGUCAUUCUGCACAGUGAAGGUAAAAGAAUAACAUAUAUAUUUUUUUUACGUGUAGGUGAUUUUAAACUACACCGAAACCAUGGUAUACUUAAAAAAUAGUCAGUGAUGGUACAAAGCAUGAUAUAAAAAUCAGACAUGGCAGUGUUUUUCUUAAUAUGCGAGUACAGCAAAUGCAUGACUUGUACAAUGCAUGCUUCUCACACGGGAAUUUAUUGCCGUGCAUGACUGUCGACACAAUUAUUUAGGGACGCAAACAAUUCUCCUCCUGAGAAUCAGUUCUCCUCCUGAGGACUGAUUCUCCUCCUGAGAACUGAUUGCUUGAAAACAAUCUUUCUCUGCUUCUGAGAGGGUAAGUACAGGAGACGGGACAUCAAAUAUGGUCAGAACGGGACACAUAUGACAUAGUUUGUCAAGACAACUGAUAAAUACAAAAGUGAAUCAUCUGCAUAGAGUGACACUUUUAAUCUCUAAAAAUGCCUCUUAUCUAUGUACGACUAAGAAAUUAAUGAAAUGUGGCAUUUACCUUUGAUAAACCUUGAAAAGUAAGGCAACAAGAUGAUUGUUGGGGAAAAUGCACUCCACCAGUCCACAAAUCAGCCUGAUUGAACUGCUUCUGCUUCUGCAGCAGCAUUUCAUGGCAAAUAUAUGCUAUAUAUGCUGUGGCUGAAUUGAGACAUGUGUGUGCAACCUUUUCUACAGGGGACAUUAGAAAAGCAUCAAGAGUGUCUAAAGAAGCAAAGGAAUGCAGUGAAAUACAGACUGAAGAAACUGGCAGCACGCCAGUCAGAAAUCACAAAAAAAUCCUCAGUGAUAAGGGAGAGUAUCAUACAGAAGUAUCAGGAGAUCAAGACUGUCCUGGAUGAGGACCUCAGGAUUACCCUGUCCCAUCUGGAGAUGGAAGAGCGGGCCGCUAUCUCUGCUUUGGAUGGACUCAUGGAGAGGAACUGUUCUCUAAUCCAAGAUAUAGAGCAGGACCUGGCCAGACUCACUUUGUCGCUGGAGCAGACCGACACAGAGCCCGAUACAAUGUCUUUCUUUUCAUACUCUGAGCUGGAAGACACAGUGACUGUGGACAGAGUGAUAGAUUUGUUGAACACAACAGACCCCAGCAGUGUGACCCUGGAUGAAGCGAAAGCUGAGCAGCUCCUCAGCCUCACCAACAGCAUGCUCCUGCUUGUUAAUUCACAGACGCCCAUCAUGAAGAAACUCCUCAACAGUUAUUCCAGCGACGUGUCCCUAGAUCCAGAGACAGCCCACCCAAAGCUCAUCAUCUCUUCCCAAGGUGACAGCGCCACCUACACGGACACCUGGCAGCAGCUUCCUGACCACCCUGGACGCUUUGACACCACCCUUAACGUUAUAAGUACAGAAGGCUUCAGCUUUGGUCGUCAUUACUGGGAGAUUGAUGUGUCGGGGAAGACUUACUGGGAGCUGGGUUUGACAUACCCCACCAUUUCCCGCAAAGGCACGACUGAGGACUGCUGGCUGGGCCGCGGACCUGAGUCCUGGUGUGUGGAGUUCUUUGAUGGGGAGUAUACGGCCUGGCACGCAGGGGUGCCACAUCAGCUGCCUUUCACAAAACUCUUCUGUCGCAUUGGCGUUUUGUGCAGUUUCCCUGCAGGGUUGGUGACGUUUCUUGAGGCGGACAAGAUGACACCCCUGUUCUCCUUCUGUGCGGGAACCUUCUCGAAUUGCCUCCACCUGGCGCUGUGUCCUGGUCAUGACCACAAUGGAAAGAAUGUGAAACCUAUUGUUAUCUGUAACGCUUCAAGUGUGAUCUCCGAUUAGCUCCACAAAGCUUGUAGUAAGGCCUUGCCAGACGCUACUUUCUAAUAUGGCACCAGUUGCUUAAUGGUUUUAUUAAUAAUUAGAAGCAGAGCUGCAGCCCUGCUGGCAGCUCUGUGACAAUGAACACACAGUGGCGAACAAGAAUGUCAAAAUCUGGUGCUAAUCAAUUUAAUUAAUGUUGAGCUACUGAACUAGACAAGCAACAAUAUUGACUCGCACAAAUCUAAGAAAGGCCACUCUGUAGGAAUACUGAUGCUUUACAGAUCUGUUACAAGUCAGAAGGGUAGGUGCUCGUUGUUUCUGCAUUGCAACCAUGUUAGCAGUCCUUUAACUAUACCGAAGGGUUUCCAAGAAAAAGUGAUUCAUAAAUAUAUUUUGGACUAAGCGCUCUGCAAAUCUUUCCCAGAAUACUCAUUCAUGUAAGUAUUUGUUUAAAGUUUACUGACCAGUAUUAAAGCCUCUGAGCUAGCCCAGCCCUUUACACAAGUUACAUUUUAGAUAGAUCUACCGGUAGGAGAUGCAUUUCAGAUGAUCCAGAUUGAUACCGAGAAUUUCUAGGUCACAUUAAUUCCAGUGCCUGUGUUUGUGUAUUCAGGCAAACAUGCAGAAACUUUACAGGCAAUGUGGACGCUUGUGAGGUUCAUCAAGUCGUGCUGACCACUGUAAACUAAACUAACAAGUUUAAAAAUGGUUUCAGGUCAAGUGAGACAUUUUUUUUAAUGUUGGUUCUCAUGUGAUGGUAUUGCUGUUCAAGUGAUCAAGUAUUACACUUGUUUUUUGUUUUGUUUUUUAAUCAUCAUUUAUCCUGAGAUGUACCCAGUCUGUGUGAAUUCAAAGUUCAUACAAACAUUGUGUUCUACGCAAAUAUGCUCUCUGAGCCGUUGUGUUGCAUCUGUGUAUACUUAGCCUAUUUUAAUAAAGUUAAUUAAAACUC